AUGGACGAACCAAUGGAAGAGCCUACAAGUUCUGCACCACAACAAACACAAGAGCGGCUAGCGAAAAUUAGAGUCAAAACAUUACACGAGCGAAUAAUUGAAAUCAAUAUCAACUUAGAUGUAAGUCUUCUGAUUUAUUAUUAAUGAAAUUUAAAUUUUAAGAGACCGCUGUCGGUUUUGCGGCAUAUAAUCAGCGAGACUUUGGGUACUGAUGCAAAUCGCCAGCGAAUUAUUUUUCAAGUAUGAAACGUUUUCAGUUUAAUUUGAUAUGGUUGUUUCAGGGUAAAGUAAUGCCCGAUGACACGAAGCUUCUGAAAGACUAUGGUUUGACUGAUGGUCAAACAGUUCACGUCGUGGAUCGACCUUUGGAAAUGUAGGUUAUCACUUGUUUUUUUUCUAUUUUGUAAUCAGGUAAUAGUUUUUUUUUUCGGAAUUUUAGACCAGCCGACCGGCCUUACAAUCAACCGGAGGGCCUCCGCAAUCGGAUACUUCCUCCCCAGCAUCAAGCACGGAACGUCAUUCCAGUGGACUUUCAUGGACUUGAAGGCCUCCGAAACCUUGGAAUUGGAAACCUAUUGCCGAACGUCAACAAUAGGACGGUCACGCAACUUCCUGAAGUACCGCUCGACGUGUAAUUUUUUCAAUCUCUAUGGAGCCUAUCGAAAACAUAAUCAUGAAAUCAUCACCGAACAGUAGUGGUGAGAAACAUUCAGUUUUAUGUUAAUUCAAUGAUAAAAGUAGUUUGAUUCACUUUAAAAAAAAAAUAAGAGACUGAGACGAGCUGUCGCAGAGAAGGCGAAAAUCCGAGGAGAUCAUGGUAACCGAAAAUCUCGAAAUAUUCAGGGUGUAAAUCAACGAAAGAGAGAGAUAAUGUGCGCUUAUCAAUUUAUUUUUAAAAUUACUGAAAAAAAUCAAAACUAAAAUUUGGCUUAGAUGUAGUGCAAAGAAUAUAUACAAGAUUUUCCUUAACUCAGCGGGAAAACGGCAUGCCAGCGCGCAUCUAAAAAAAAGAAACGGCAGAUCUGCUCGCAUGCACCAGUUUAGAGAGCACGGUAAACAUGGAGAGACCAGACUCGUACUCUCCUCGCUCCACACACUGUCUGAGGGCCUGCGCGCUGGCAUGCCAAAUUCAACAAAAAAAAGCAGACCAGCGCGCUAUAGUUUCGAAAAUUGACCGUUCGACCGACCGUUCGACCAAUAUUUUUUCAACAUGUCAUAAUAAAUGGUCAUUGGUCGAACGGUUGGAGUUUCAACAUUUCAACAUGUCACUUCAGAAUGACAUGUUGGUUUUUGACCGUUCGAAAUGUCACUCUGAAAUUGGUCGGUCAUUUUUCGAACGUUCGAAAUGUCACUUCGAAAUUGGUCGGUCAUUUUUCGAACGUUCGAAAUGUCACUUCGAAAAAUGGUCGGUCAGUUUUUGACCGUUCGAAAUGUCACUCUGAAAAAUGGUCGGUCAUUUUUUUCGAACGUUCGAAAUGUCACUUCAAAAAAAUGGUCGGUCAGUUUUUUUGACCGUUCGAAAUGUCACUCUCAAAAUGGUCGGUCAUUUUUUUGACCGUUCAAAAUGUUACUCUUGAAUUGGUUGGUCAUUUUUCGACCGUUCGAAAUGCCUAUUCGAAAAUUUUCUCUUACGCUGGAAGUGAGGGCUCGUGCGCGAGACACAUUCCUUCUUACUGCGUUCCAGUCUUUCACGUGCAAACUUUGAGCCGUCAUAAUUUGACUACGAGGCAAAAGGCGAGAUAUUUUAUUUUUGAUUUGGAAUCAGCAUGCCUUAAAGUACACCCCUGCGAAGUUUCAUCAAAAGUUCAACCGGGGGAUAAAAACAGUUUCCUUGUCAGAGUAACUAGGAGCUUACUCAUUAUCACGAAGCACGCGGAGUUUUCUCAAAAUUCCAUACUUUUCGCAAACGUUGAUUCAAUUUAUUUCAUUUCAGACAUUUCAAACUUUUUUCAGUCAAAUUUCGAUCGUUUGAAACGCCAUUUCAAAAUUGGUCGUUCAUUUUUUUGACCGUUCAAAAAUGUCACUCUUAAAAUGGUCGGUCAUUUUUUUCGAACGUUCGAAAUGUCACUUCAAAAAAAUGGUCGGUCAUUUUUUUGACCGUUCGAAAUGUCACUCUGAAAAAUGGUCGGUCAUUUUUUUGACCGUUCGAAAUGUCACUCUGAAAAUGGUCGGUCAUUUUUUUCGAACGUUCGAAAUGUCACUUCAAAAAAAUGGUCGGUCAUUUUUUUGACCGUUCGAAAUGUCACUCUGAAAAAUGGUCGGUCAUUUUUGACCGUUCGAAAUGUCACUCUGAAAAUGGUCGGUCAUUUUUUUCGAACGUUCGAAAUGUCACUUCAAAAAAAUGGUCGGUCAUUUUUUUUGACCGUUCGAAAUGUCACUCUGAAAAAUGGUCGGUCAUUUUUUUGACCGUUCGAAAUGUCACUCUGAAAAUGGUCGGUCAUUUUUCGAACGUUCGAAAUGUCACUUCAAAAAUGGUCGGUCGGUUUCGUAAAUUUCAGAAAUUGGUCGGUCAAACGAACGGUCAGAAAAAUGACAUGUUAUAACCGUUCGAAAAACUGAACGGUCAUAUCAGUUGAACGGUCUAAUUGGUCGAACGGUCGAAUUUUAGAACACUACAGCGCGCAUGUAACCGCAGGCCAGCGCACGAGUCUGGUCUCUCCAAUUUUACCGUGCUCUCUAUACUGGUGCAUGCAAGCAGGUCUGCCGUUUCCUUUUUUAGAUGCGCGCGGGCAUGCCGUUCUCCCCCUGAGAAAAUGAAGUGAGAAACGAUUUAAAGCGCAGGCGUGUACGCAGACGUGGCACGUUUUGAUGGAAUAUUCAAACGAAGCGGAAACGAGAAUUUUUCAGAGUGAGCGUUAACGGUCCGGUUAUCAUCUGGAGAGUGGCUAUUGAGCAGAACGGAUCUAUACACAGAGAAAGCGAAGCUCUUUUGGUGUGUGAGAUAGGUGUUAUCCAAAAUAAAAAUAAAAAAAACAGCGCGUCGCGAGAACGGCAAUCGAUUCGAUAACCUAUCUGCCGAGGGGUCGGCGAGCUGACUUCGAUGUUCACUGGACGAGUUCCGGUCUCAGAAUCGAUUUUCCACUCAUGUAUGUUCUGUUAUUUUCGAAAAGUGUUUCCUUCUCGCUCCAAGUUUUCGCAUUCAGAAGGUUCCCCUUUCAGGUCUGCACAUAUUGCUUCGCCUGCUCUGGAAAGGCUUAGUUAUGUCGAAAGUCAGCUCCACCACUUGCAGCAGUUCCGCGAAAUCGUGGAGGUGACUAAUCAGACAACUAACUGAAAAAAGCGAAAAGGAAAAAGUCAACCAUUCAAACCGGGCUAUAGUGAACUGCAAUUUCUUUCUUGUAGUGGUUUUUACCCUCUCAUUUCUGCGAUCAUUUUGGUGCUAUCCUUGUUUACUUCAAUGAUUUUAAGUUUUUUUUGUUUGUUGUUGAGAUUAAAGCUUUUUGACAUUGUGCUAACUUUUUGAACUAUUUGUUUAUAGGAGCCUGACGGUUUGAUGGACCUUCUUCGGCAAAUUUGUCGUUGGGAAGACCGACAGCAGGACCAUGCAGAUGUGACUCAGCGUCAACUGGAGUCUCGGAUCCGCGGAAUCGCUGCCAGACUCGAGCGACCACCCAACAUGCAGAAUGGCAGCUUGACGCCUUCUUUGCAACGUCUUCGCGAAUCUACCGAUGCGGAACGAGAAGCGCGAAUGCAGUAUGUGCCUCCUAGUGGACGUAACCGAGCCUGCAUCAUGAGGUAUGUAUUCAAUUCUCUUUUCUUCUUCAACUUGAUUUGCGUUCAGACAUCCGAUUGAGAAAGAUCUAUACGAUGUCUCGCGACGUAUCCGUCAGGAACAGAUCCGUUUCUUCGCCUUGGAAGAGUUCCUAGAAAACCUCGUUCAGUCUCCAGCCUACCAAAGAAUACAGCAUUCCCGAAUGAUUGUCAGUUCUGAGAAGCUCCGGAAAGAAUCAAAGGGAACUGUUCAGCCGGACUUCCGCUUGAACGCCUUCACCGUCUUCCGGGAACACCUCAGCCGUCGUCGUCACAUGAUCGGCCACAUGUACCACACUUUGAGCGAGCUCGACGUGCCCAACGGCGUCGGUCCGCAGCGACUUCUGCCUCAGUACGACCUUCGUCAACUCGAUGUCCCCGUCGUUCAUCGGGUUUGCCAUUUCUUUCGGUUCAUCGCUUCUGUUUGAAAUGAAGUCCAUUUCCACUUCUUCCUUUUUUUUAAAAUGGUUUUGUAUAAUUUUGCAAAGUAGCUUCGAAAUCGCUCUAAAUUUGAAGUCAUGUUAGUCUCGGUUUUCUCAGCAUCUGCUACGCGAGUUUCUGACGGGGAGUUUUUUGUCAAUUGAUUCUAGAAAAACCAAGAAUUAAUAUCUUUGGGCUGAUAUUCGAGAAAUUUUUAUAUUUAGUUCGUAGUAUUGUGAAUGAGGCAAAUUCCUUGUUUUCAAUUUUUGAAUAUCCCUGUUUCAGGGUGCCAUCAUAUUUACUCUCCAAAGCUUGCCAAGACGGCCAGAAGUUACAACGGAGCGCAUUUCAACAGUUUUCACGCCACCGCGAAGAAGUACCUGAUUGUGAAUUUUGCUCAGUUUUGGUGAUUCUACCUUGCAGAUGUAGAUGUCGGCAACUUCUUGCCUGGUGAAUGGCCCUACUUGACCUACUACCCAACUGGUAAGCUAUUUUUCAAUCAAUCUCAAGAUGUUGGAGUCUCUUCCUUGGUAACGACUGUCUAAUUUUUUGGGGCAAGACAUUUCAGGGAUCAUGCAAGAGCAGCACGAACUGGCCAUUCCCGUCGUGAACAUCACAUUGAACAACCAAGAAGGUCAGCAGGAGGGAGUGCCCAACGAGAUCGCGGCAGCCAUCCUUCCUCUGCUCCAGCAUGCAGCUCCUCUGAACGUCGGUUCGGCCCCCAGUCCCACGACUGCUCCUCCAACUCAGCCUGUAACGGUGACGCCGAGAUUGAUUGCCAGAGGAAUCGAGAGGAUUGCGCCUAUUCUGUCUCGAAACACACGUGAAGUAGAACAGCCACGAUUGAGACCUGCUGGUCCUGAACGCUCUUCAAUGCGUGAGUUUGACUGUUUUCCAUUCCAAAAACAAGAAGAUCGAUGGGAAAAGUUAGGAUAAGUCCUCUAUGAAGGUUCCGGAGACUAUCAAAGUCUCAAAAGUUCCGUUUUUUUUUUUCGGGUGUUGAAGAUUUUACUUAAUAUGUGUCGUGGAAUGUCACGCGAUUUUCUAUGAUAUUUGCUCGCAUCACUGUUUCCCAUGCUUCGUUUUAUUGUGUGGGAAUGACACGUCGACUUAUUCCUUUUAUAAGCGUGUAGAAAUUGUAUUGUCCUAAUAUCAAAUAUACCGCCAACAAUAAAGAUGCAGACUUGCUGUUCGUGGAAAAAUAAAUUUAAAUCUGAAAGACAUUGUUUAAUGAACUUCGGCUCAAGAAGUUCAUAUAAUUACUUCUUUUUUCAACUUUCUCGAAAAAUUUAGAGCUUUUUACACUUGAAAAAGGACGCGGAAUUCGAAAGUGCAAAUAGAGAAAAAAAGCUUGUUCGCUAAUAAGCAAUUUCUGAACAGAGAGUACUUGAAGUUUUGGAAGUAUGAAAAUAAAAUUCAGCGAUCCUUCAAAAGGCGUCGUUUCCAAUUUUUUUCAUACCGCUAAGGAACUUUCCGACUGCGGAGUUUCCAACUAAUCCUUUUCUGAAUCUUUUUUUUUCUCGAUAAACUCUUCGUUUUGAAUAUACCUAUAUAAAAUAGGUAGUUGAUUCAUGAUUGAAACAAAAACAAAAAGGAACAUAAUAUUAACAGAUUUUUUUAAUAAAUCGAAAAUUAUAAGAGAAAAAAAGUCGUGAAGGGAUUAUACGGAAACGUCGCAGUCAGAAGGUUCCCUAGCGGUAUAAAAAAAGCGAAUAGGUCGCCGUUCGAAAAUUCGUUGAUUUUUUUUCUUACUACUAAAAUUUUCCUUGGAUCUAUUUCUCGAAAAAUUUUGAAUUUAGGACAAUCUGUUUCCUUUUUUUAACCACCAGCUAUAGGUACUAUUUCCGAUUAGAAGGUCAGAAGGAGAUUUUAUAUUGCAGACGACCGACCAGGGCCAGAAACGGAGUCUUUGAGCGCCUUGCCGGAGGCGAUCACGGUGACGGACAUCCAACGCGUGGCUCGCGUCGUCGGCUCUCGCUACAGACAGUCGGCUUUGAAGAGAGUGGCUCGUCGGGUGACGGCCGCUUUCCGGGAAGGUUAUCCGACAUGCGACUUCCCCAUUCAAUCAAGCCUUUUUCUAGAAAAUCCCGCGUGGAACAUUCCUCUUGAAGACACGCACCCUACCAUCCUCCGUCAGCUGUUCAUCUUGACAUUGGAGCUUUUCACGCUGACCUCGACCACGGUUCGCGAGGCGAGCUAUAUGAUGUCGCAACUCGUCGACAACGAAGACCUUUUGGUGCGGAGACUGACUGAGGCGAUGCGGCAGGUCUUCCGAGAGGGUAUUUGGCCUCCGGAGCUCGAGCCGGUCGUGCCACCACCUGAAGAUAAUGCCGAAGAACCCGCACAAGACCACGCAGAAGGCCCUUCGAGACCUCCGCCGACGUCUUCCGCCAACGCAACCAUUUCUUUCCCUGAAAGAGAACAAGGACCCUCUGCUUCCGCUACGUUCUCUGAGGCACCUGUGAGUGCUUUUGAUGGUAGAAAAGUAUCUGCAAGGAAAAGUCGAAACGAUCGAGUGCAACACCAUUUUCAACUCUUUUUAUUUUGGAGCUAAACGAACGAAACUAUUUUUCAGUUCAAUACAUCAGAAAAUGCGCAGACAGUUUAUCAAAUAUUUCAAACUAUAUCGAGAGAAAAGAUUUCCGGCAAAUUCUUGUUGUUUCGUGUUGGUCAUCGUCUCAGAACUUUUUGGGAUAGAAGUGCUACCAAUACGAAUUCAAAUUCUGUUCUUUGCGAUGUUUUUGUGUAUAAAGAACAGUUACUAAUAUUUCAUAAUAAACUGAAUAUCUGGGUUGUUUUUAGGCGCGUGAGCCGUUGCCACGACAUAUUAUGGCUCGGCUGUUCCGAGAAACUGAGAGAAAUAUCCUCCCGAGCUGGUUUUCGGUGCACCGGGCCGUGCUCCCCAAUGUCCUCGAUGCCCAUCGUGUACUCACUUCCCGUGGAAGCAACGAUUUCGAAACCCGAGGUGAUCUUUUUUUUCUUUUGUUGGGAAAAUUAUGGAGCUAAAUACUAGUAAUCAAAUCAAACUUAUCCGUUCUUACACUUUUGCGACAAUCGAUCUUGAACAAGUGACUAGAAGCCCAAUUUUUCAUCUGCUAGAGAAAUUUACAAAAGUUUUGUGAAUCAUCAUGGAAUGUUCAGUAUUGGAUUUCCACCGAGUGGAAGUUAAUUGCAAACUUUCUUAUAACAGUUUUUGUAAAAAUUUUGUAGAAAGAUUAAAAUUCUUGUUUUUUCCUUGAGCAUUAUGUCGCAAGCUGAAACCAGUCUGCGCUUCUCAUUUUACAACAAUGAUACAAGAUGUAUUAAUGGAAAUAAGAUUCAUUCCUAACUAUUACUUUUAAUAUAUGCAAACUAUUUUUGAGAUUUUUUUUCUCGAAAAUAUAUUUCUUUUUUGGCAACAACAGUAUGACAAACAAUUAAAACGUUUUGAUCGAAGGGAUAAUCUUACAAGUAAUUAAGAUCCUGAAACUGUUCUUUAAAGUUAUUUCAGAGAUAUUCCGCUCAAAUGGCUGGUAAUCACUUUGUUCUCCAUGACCUUUUUACUCUCUAGUAAUUAAGUAGGUUGAUCCAUCAGUUUUUUAGAGGCUUUAAGCACAAUCGCUCGGUCCAUUUCGACAUCCAGAAGGGUACAAGAACUUCCAGAAAGACGCGGUGAUUCGGUGACGGUCUCGGCGACGAACCAGGAACCCACUACUGAAACAACGGACCCUUUCUCUCCAGGACAGGAAAGAACCGUCGAAGGUCGGUUUUUCGGAUUCCAUUCCGUGCUAAUUCGUAGAUUUCAGCUUCCAUUCGUCAAGUUCAUCGACAGGUCAGCUCAGAACCUAUUUCAUGGGAUUCGAUUAGGUUUGAAGGUUUUUUCCUUCAGACGAUCGCCAUCGAUCCCUAUUUGUCGUGUCACAACAGACACUCGGAGAUUGAGCGAAUGCAGAAUGGGGGCCUGACGGAAGAAAUGAGUCGCUUCACCGAGGAAUCCCGAGAUCCUGCUGCUCCCUACGAGGCUCUGAUUGAUGUACUUUUGUUUAGCAAGAGUUGAUCAAAAUCCGAAAGUUCUGAGGAAUUUUUCGAAGAGGCUUUACAAAAUGACUACAAAGUUUAAAAAAAAAACGCUCGGAAAUCCUUUAAGACCAAUUUUAUUUGAACUUGUGCUCUUUUUGUGGAGACUCCGUGCUCGAAGGGAUUCUCGCGAAACGCAAAAUUAUCUCUGAUUCUUCAAAAUUAAGUUAUCGUUUUCACCCUCUUCUGGCUAUUUUUGACGCGGAAUCACUUUGAACAAGGGAUAAGUGUCGAAUUAUUCAGGCGUUUUAUUCAAUAAGUUUUUUUAUUUCAUAAAUAAAUAUUCAAAAAUAAAAAGUCAUAAAAAUCUUGUAAAAAAACGUUAUGCAGCUUUCGUAGACGUUUGACAAGAAGGUUCAAUCGUGCUUUGAAAUAAAAUGAAUACUGAAAAAGUCGAUGAUGGCUGUUUUAAGGGCACCGAAAUACCCGAAAGGGAGUCCGAGACGGCAUCGGUUGAUCCCGACUAUUCAUAUGACGUCAGUUCUCCUAUUAAUAAAAAAGACACGGCAGAAAACCGUGAGAUUUAGGUGCAAGUGCAGGCGAAUGGAGCUCUCGUCUUCGCCGAAGGCAACGAAGGACUGGCGCAGUUUGAACGCGUUCUUCGCACCGCCAUGCGCAGUCUUUUCGCCCACGUCGUCGACACCGACGCUAUUCGGACCCUGAGUGAGCUGGAAAGGCGAAGGUCGCGAUAUCGCCUUUUUCAGACAGCGCCGCCUCUGAAGAACGUUUCAUUCAUCGUGAUUCUCGGCCACAACGCCGACGACACUUUGCGACAUCGCAACAACCUCCGACGUCCAAUAAUCAAGAGGUCACCAUUCGACAGGGCCAUGAUAGUUUUUCGCGUGGUUUUCUAUGGUGCAGUUGCAAUUUUAAAAUAAGAGGGAGGGACGAUCUUUCUGUAUUUGUGGUUGUUUGGCCAUUUGUCCAUCUGGUUCAUCGCUCUUGCAAGGGAGGUCAUUUUACUUUGUGGUUAAGAAUUUUCUACAAAUUUGCUCAAACACUCUCUGAAUGUCUAGAUUAAGAUCCCUUAUAGUCGCUUUCUGUGCAAACUUCUAGUCUUUGAGAUAUGAUUUUUGAAAGUUUCGAAAAAUGGAUUUUGCCCUUAAGUUUCGACCAUCAAAAUUAAUUAUCUCAGAAACCAGAAGAUGACGCGGGUUGUUACUUUGAUGGAUCUUCACAUAAACCUUCAGAGAUCGUUUGAAAAGUGUAGUAGAAAAUUCCAGGUCGCAGAUUAAAAUGACCUCCUUGUGGGGUCUCAACUUGUGUUAAGAGCAAACUUCAAAAAUUUAAUAUAUCAAAAACUUGAAGUUUGCGCAGGUAGCGACUGUGAGGGAUCUUCAUAUAGACAUUCAUAGUGUUUGAGCAAAUUUGUAGAAAAUUCCAAACCGCAAAGUAAAAUGACUUCCCGUGUUAGAAGCUUCCUCUCGAACCGAGAUAUUCAAAUGUUCUCAUAUUCAAAUAUUCAAAGCGUAAAAUUUUUCCUUAAUAAUUUUGGAUUCAGCAAAAUUAAAAAAUAAAACUGUUCACCGUAAUCAUUCAGAUCGCAAAGUUAGAAAUGGCAUAUUUGGUUGUAUCUUAAUAACUAUGCGUAAGAAUAUCAUUCAGACGCCAAAUAACGCGGGUGGGACGCGACCAACCGUUUCUGCAGACAUCUCACCCGGCUUCGAUGGCACAGGGAUCACGGAACGCUCUCGCAGCACUUCUCCAGAACCGGUUAGUUGAGAAACUUUUCUGUCUGAAGGUGGAAAAUGUUCAGCUCAUCGUUCCCGAGUCCACUUUCCAUGAUGUUGCCCGUUUCAUCAGUGGCUCGAGAGAUCUCGGCUUUCCUCCCAGUAUGUUGUGCCACUCGGAAAAAAUUAUUUAGGGGCAACCUGCAAACGAUUAUCGAUAUAUUCACGUGAGAAAAUUCUGAACAGACAGAGGGUGAUCGGAGAAAUAUGGUCAUGGGAAUGAAUAAUCAAAAAAUUAGAAAAAUUAUUUGAAUUCCAUCAACCAAAAGGAUGAGAUUAUUGAAAUUAUUUGUCAGUAGACCAUUGUGUAUUUAAAAAAAAUAUUGAUAUGUUUUUAUCACAAAUUGCCGUGCGAAGCUGUCUCACGGCCGCCUCGGUGAUGCUUCUUGGUGAAAAUUCUGAUGUCAUUGAAGAAGCUCUACUUUUUUUUGGCGAGAGAAAUCAGCGUUCGGACCGAUUUCAGCCUUGAUCGGCGAAAUCUAUGAAACUCUGAGUCUUCGGGAAGACAUGAGCACUGAUCUUCGUCGACUUCUGAGCCGUCCGACCGCCGAGGGAAACAUCGAACGCGACAGUUUGGUGGUGGAGAUGCGCGAAGCGAUGCGUGACCGCCUCAUUCUCAACGAACUCGAUGGCAUAACCGUUCCUUCUUCCGACGGUCUUUUUUUUUGAGUCUCCUACAUCUCAAACUUUGGUUCAGAUCUGUUGGCGUCGAGUUUGCGGCUGGCCAUUCCCGAAAGAUACGUCGAAGACGUUUUGGAAAUCGCCGGCGCUCCCCGCAGUAUCUUCGUCGACGGCGAGGAGUUCCGCGUGUCUACAAUCACUAGGAAUGUCGAAGUCGAGACUCUUCGUGUCAUUUUGGACGCUCUGUUCGCUAAUUUGAGUGGGUUCCAUCUCAUACAUCUGCAAGCCAUCGAUUGGAGAAAAAAACUUCUUCCGUCAAAGAAAAUGUCAGGGAAAGAUGACUUAACGACACUUUCAUUUAUUUACGUUCCUAUUCCGACAUAAGAUUACUUUAAGAAUAUUUUCUACUACUCUUAUAUUUUAACAUGUUCCAAACCAACGAAAAGAUGAUUCGUUUUUUCAAACUUGAAGACGAUGAAGAGUACCUGAGAACGGUGUCCGACGCGUUCCGCAUGUAUGUCAGGAAUAUGGUGGGUCUCAUCUUUCUGAUGACCGGGAGACAGGCUGGCGAGAUGGUCCCACUCAUUCAAAGGCUCAUCAUUUCCUUCUCGGUGGGUGUCCACUGCAGCCAUCCCGAACAUUUUCCUUUUGAGGCUUUCAUGAAUGACUAUCAGAGCGACACCAUGUUCGAUAACAUGGGACAGCAGCAUUUCCACGCAGCCAACUACAUAUCGACCUUCUUCGAUCGUGAGUUUACGGUCUCCAAAGUUAUGGAGGAGUGAAAACCUAGAAAGCUUUAAACAUUUUUCUUACAAGAAGCGAAUGAGCUCCAGAAUAAAAACUUCCAAAGGGCAUCUAGGUAGUUUUAAAAUUUGUUAAUCAGUCAGAAUGCUUUUUCACUGUGCUCUUGAAGUACCGCUCUGACCUGUUCGGAAGUGCAAAAAACGAAAAACAGUGCUAAUGACUUUCGAGUGGUGGUUCAGCUACGACUAUCCACGAACUCAACAACUACCUGGGUCCGCAGCUGGCCAUGCCGCAGCCGACUGUCCAACCUGCGGCUGAAGAGGCUCCAGCGACGCCGCCAGUGGCGACGGAGUCGCGAGGCGAAGGUUCGUCGCGAGAACGAGACGAAGGAGAAACUCGCGCCAAACGAAUGAGAAGGAGCUCAGGUGCUUCGCCGGACGACGGAGAGGUAUGAGGCCGGUUGUAUCUUUGUCUCCGUCGCUAAGACCUUAUUCGGACCAACAACGUCGAUCGCAGUCUUCUUUUUCUUUUGUUCCCUGUCAUUGUUACAGUACUUUAUUUAACCAUCUUUUGUUAUCACUUCUUUCUUUGCAUCCAAGACCUUCUUGUCUCUUUUGGCGAAAAAUGGCUUUUCUUGUGUAAAUGAACAUUAAAUGCAUGAAUGACAGUAUCUAUAGAGCUACCUACCUUUUUAAUUUAUUAGCCGUUGAUUUUGAAUGCGGGAUAGUUUUCUAAUUUUUCAUCACGGUGACAUAUAAAGAUGUAUCUGUAGCUUGAAAAGCGGAUGAUGCACCGAUUAAUUUUAAGUCCGAUUUUAGGCACAUGUUAAAAUUUAGACUCUGUGAUUUUUCUUUGAUUGAUUUAUGUAAGAGAAAACAAUUGAGAGCAUAAUUUCAGACUCAAUGAGUGUAUUAAGCUAUUCAGAUGUUUAGAAGAAGAUUUUCUUGUAUUUUUUUUCCUGUUGAGUCUGUUUUAGUUUAAUUUUUAGGCCUCUCCUAUGUCAUUAAAAAGCCAUUAUUUUUUUAUAAUCUUGGUAUAUUGUUGUUUUAUUGGAUAAAUGUUCGCUUUUGAAAGCUUUGAGAAACAUUUCAAUCCGUUGUAAAACUGGUUUAAAAUCUCUUCUUAUGUUUGAAAAUUAUUUUGUUUGAAAUGCUUUCUUUGCAGGCAAAGGAAAUGGAUAUUAGCAAAGAGGUGCACGACCGCUUGAGUGUUUUCGAUGAGGUCUGUUGGUUUGAACGGAGAUUCUUAGUCACAUGGUUGAAAAGUGCUUUUGGCUCAUUUAAAUAAGGAGACUAGCCGAGGAAAUACCUGAUUUGCUGCCCCCUCGUAGAGUUCCUUUGCAUCUUACCGCUAUACUUGUCGAAAAUCAGCUCAUAUCCAAUUAUAAAUCACUUGAGUGGUUUGGACAUUAUUGUUUUCCAUUUUCAGCAAGAUCGGCAAACUAUUGCCGCGGACAUAGAGAGGAUGAGUUCGGAACCGGCUACGUACAGAAACAACAGCGACAUCGUUCAGCUCGGCGUCCCUCCGGAGUUCCGCGGGGUAGUCCGAAUCUGAGAAUUACCUCAUUGAAACCGUCUACUUUUUAGUCUCAGUCCACUUUGGACUUGAAUCGCGUCGUUUCUGAUGCUGUUCGUUCCACCGGCGCACAUGUUUCUGUAAGAUUUUUUUUACAAAUUAUUUUUUACUGCCUUUGAUUCAAGUCAGACCCAAGUUCACAUAGUAGUUUGUACAGCUUUUUGCAAAAUCUGAUGCCAAAAGUUUGAGAUUUAUGUUUUUCUCACAGCUCAAAAAUAAGAUUCCUUUGGAGCGAAGAAAGACCUGGUCAAUCUCACGGCGGCUUGAACCGGCGAUGUCAAGGGUGCUAGAAAUGAGUAUCAGAAACAGAACUAUUGACUAGAUUUGAAAUUUGUGAAAUGGAAUAAAAAAUAUGUGUUCGGAAUCAGAGAGUCUCUUUCUUUCUUCGCACAAUUUCCUUCUUUUGUUGAAUCAUCUUAUUUGAAGGAAUCGCAGACGAGCGAGAUGCUUCCGGCGGCUGAGGAAGCCGGUCAGGAAAUGUUCCGCGCUUCUGUCCGUGAGCGUCUCGAUUCAGAUGAAGACUUCCAAGACGCCUCCGACCGUUUUCCCGAUCUCAGGGACCUUUGA